UUCAACCGGACACGUAAACAGUAAACAGUGCUGUAUACAUUCGAGCAGUAAUCUUAGCGAUGUUAAUCGCAUGUAAAGUUUUCAUCAAUAUAAUGAGCACAUGUAAAUUAUUACAACGUCGAUGUUACGAUUUGCUUUCAUACAAAUAUUCGUUACUGGUCAUAUUAAUAGCAUUUACCUGUAUAUUCAUCGGUAUCAUACACUUCGGUGAGAUAUGGAUAACUUGGAGUAAAGGAAAAUACGAGGCUAUAUUUCAUUCUUUCAAUGAUAAUAUAUUAGGGAUUUCUUUUCAACAAAAAUUAUGUCAACAUGUCCCUAUAGAUGUUGUAUAUACAUGGGUGAAUGGUUCAGAUCCUGUGUUUUUAAAGAAUCUUAAGAAACAUGUUCCUAUUAUGGAUGUUAAUACAGCUCCUUCUAGAUUUAAUGAUAAGGAUGAAUUAAGAUAUUCGCUGCGUUCAUUGGAAAUGUAUGCACCAUGGGUUAGACAUGUGUAUAUUGUUACCAAUGGUCAAAUACCUAGUUGGUUAGAUAUGGAUAAUCCUAGACUUACUCUUGUUACUCAUGAAGACAUAUUUUUAAAUAAAAGUGAUCUUCCUACAUUUUCUAGUCCUGCUAUUGAAAAUCACAUUCAUAGAAUUCCUGGGAUAUCAGAUAAGUUUUUAUAUUUUAAUGAUGAUGUAAUGUUAGGAGCUGAAGUAUGGCCAGAAGAUUUCAUUACUCAAGUAGGUGGCCAAAAAGUAUACCUUGCAUGGUGGGUUCCUGAUUGUUCUGAUGUUUGUCCUUGGGCCUGGGUGGGUGAUGGAUCGUGUGAUCCAGCUUGUAAUACAACAUUAUGCGAAUUUGAUGGGGGAGAUUGUGAUAGCACAACAGUUCCUACUGACAGUGAAGCUCUUGAGGAAGAAGGAGACUACCCACAUAAGUUUCUACAAGAUAUUCAAGGAAAUACUAAUUAUGGAUUAAAAUUUCUGAACAUAUUAGGAAACAGAAGUAUACAUUCUGGAUGGAAUGAUACAGAAACGUUUACCCACCAAACAUUGACGGAAGCGAAGGGUUUAAAGCUCAAUGUAAAUAAAUCUUAUAGCUUUAGAAACAAUAAGGAUAUAAAUGGCAUUGAAAUAAAUUUCAAUGACCACUUGAAUGAAACUAUAUCCACUCAAAAAUCGUUAUUAUCGAAAGUGAUAAAUAAAAUUAAAUUUCCAAGUUCUAACAUCGACAAGCGUAUACAUAUGAGACAUAAUUUAUACGAUAAUGAUUUGAUUUUAACAGAAAUUAAUAGUACCGCAAGAACAAAUAAUAAACCUAAGUAUUCCGAUCACUGGAAACAUAAAAGACAACUCGAUACUUACGCUGAAUCUUUGCUCUAUGUAAAUAGAAUAUAUAACGUAGCAUACGGAUUUGAACGUAGAAAAGUACCGGCUCACAUGCCCCACUUAAUAGAUAAAUGGAUCGUCACCGAUAUGCAAAAGAAAUUCGAACAUGAAUUUAAGAAAACGUCUAGUCAUAAAGUUAGGAAUUCCGAAGACAUGCAAUUCGCUUUUUCGUAUUUCUAUUUCCUGACCAGUGAAAAACGAAGGAUUCCAAUUGAAGAAAUUUUUGAUAAAUUUGACACAGACAAAUCAGGGACUUGGUCGGAUAGGGAAAUCAGAACACUUUUGUCUAGGCUGUAUCCACUACCUCUUGAUUAUAGUUUAGUUGUAGAAUUUGAAAACACAAUAACAAAUUGUUCAAAUCAUUUAAGCAUUACAGAAAUAUCAAAUCCACCACCAGGAGAAAGAUAUUUAGAUUCAUCUCUUCCAAUUGUAUCCAAGGAAUUGAUAGCGAACUGCGAACCAAUAUCGAGAAAAAUUGAAGCCAGAUUUGGCGAAGGAAAGCUUUAUCCGCAUGAAAUCAUUAAAGCUGGCAAGAAUGAAAUAUUUGAAAUGUUGACCAGCAAUGUAUCUCUGACAGUACAACUGUUAGAUGAGAUACGUAGAGAUCCAAAAAAAUUCAUAUGUUUGAACGAUGACAUGGAUCCUCUUCGACGUUCUGAGAACGAAAUCGUUCGAGCGUUGUUAAAUGACUUUUAUCGCUCUCUUUACCCAUUGCGUAGCACUUUCGAAUUGCCUUUACAAUAUAGAAAUCUUUUCGCUCAUCGACGUGAACUUUUCGAGUGGAAGGCUAACAGGGCGAAAGCUAGAAAUUUAUUGUUGUGUCUUAUCGUUUUGCUGCUCGUUACUACUCUUUAUCACUUGUUUUACCAUCAGAUACGACGAUUGUUCAGAGUACGGGCAUUGCCCACUCUUCUCGUUUAAGUUCUCAAACCUGAAUAUAAAUGAUCUGCUGAAUGCAUCAGUAACUUCCGUGACAGGGAAAUUGUCUUCUAAAGGAUUUUAUAAAUACCGGUAUGUAUAUAAGAAAAUUUAUAUAUAGACGAUGUUUUUAGAAAUUUAUACCAUCUUAACAAAUGAUAUUGUUUGUUACAUAUUUUACAUAUGUAAACUCGUGAUUAUUUUUCGUAUAUUAUUUAUUGGAAUUGAACAAACUAUUAUAAUGAAAAUUAAGUAAAACGUUCCUGUGAUAUUAAUGAACUACUGAUUAUCUUUCGUUCUCUCGAGUAUAGAAUGUAGACAAAUUUUUCUACGAAAAGACUGUAUAAUAAGAAAUAUAGUAAGAUCUAUAAAUUGUCAAGUAAGUUGAACGAUGAAUCUUUGUUACAAUCUUCUUUCUCAGACAAUUUACAAUCCUUAAAGACUUAAGAUAUACCAAAUUUGUACUUAUUGAAAUGUUAAAUAUGAAUCAAUAAGAAAUAUACUGAAUUUUUUCAAUUUAA